UAGGCAGAGCUCCUUUCAUUCUCCCAGGAGUCCCUUGGUUAUACCCUCAGAACUAGGUCUGAGGGGAUGAGAGUUAGCCGUGUGUUCUAGGGGAGCCAGUUGCCCUCUGGGACGCUUGGAAUUGCAGGUGGGCAGUGAUGGGUAUUAGAGUAGGGCUUGGUGAAGAAGGUUGAAGAAGCAGGUUUAAGGGUCCAAGGCAACAGCCGUCUACUCUGUACAAAAUCAUUUUUUGUAACUGCAAUUACUGUCCUUGAGAAGGCAUUAAAGUUAAUGAGAGAUAGGAAAGAGUGGGGCUCUGACCCCCAUUGAAAGCGAUUUAAGAGUCUGCAGCCCUUGUUUUCUGAAUGUCUGGCCUUCCCGACACAAGGAGGCUCUGAGGACAGGUUUUCCAGCUGAAAUAUCAUUAAAUUGUAUUAGCAUCUUAUUACAUACACGCCUUAGCGGUCUGCCUCAGACAGGGAGAGUUUUUGUUUCUCUUUGAAAGAUUGUGUCUGGAAUGGUAAAUUGCCUGCUUGAAAGUCUUUUUUUUUUUCAAGGAGGAGGGCAAAAUCCUGCUGUGUGUGGUGGCAGGCAGGGUAGGCCUGGUGGCCCUCAGAGAGCGGAGGCCCGAGGCCAGGUUGGGGUGUUUUAACUGCCUGGGGAGCUGCUGCAGUAGCAGGACUGAAAGGCCCACUGUUCCCAGGGUCAGCUGGAAGGGCGUUAAUGGAGGCCCAGGGUGUUUAUUUGAGUUUAUUUGCGGAGACGUCUUUAAAGGGGGCUGGCAUUAGGCAUUGGUGUUUCAAGUCCAGGCCCAGGGCCCCCACCAGGACCAGUGGCUAGUGCUGCCAAGAAAACAUCUGCCACCAAAUUGCUGCCCUAUUACUGAGUUGACAUUGAUCAUUAGCCAGGAGCCCAACCAAAUAAAGCCUCCUGAAAAAUGUGUGAGGUUAAGAUGGAGAAGGCAGGCUGUGAAAAUAGUACACACUCUUGGGCCCGGGUGUUUGUUCCUGCAAGCCACAGGCAGGCCAGCUGGGCUGUGCGGGCCCCACACUUCUGGAGGAAGGGACUUGGCAUGUGUUGAGUGCCCCCCCCCCCCCCCACCGCUUUCAUGCCCCUGGCAAUUCUUGGGAGGCACCAGAGCUCAAGCAGGGAUUCACAUAGACAUGCUCCUUAGUCUCAUGGAACACACCUUCCCCAGGGGAAGGGCAUUAAAUAGACAAACAUAAAUCGUGAUAGAUGCUCUGAAGCAUAACAGGGUAGAGAAGUUUCUUUAGAUGACUGGUGUCUUUAAGCUGAAGCGUGAAGGAUGAGAAGUCAGACAUGCAUAGACCACCCAAACAUCACAGGUGGAGGGAACAGCCUUGCACAGGUCUUGAGAUAUGGAAUAUUUGACUUGUUUGAGGAAAUGAAAGGAGGCAAGUGUUGAGGAAGGGGGGACAGGCUGGGGCUAGAUCAUAUAGGGUCUUGUAAGAAAUUUGAGUUUUGUCCUUUGGUAAAUGGGAAGACUUGGAAAGAUUUUAGGUAGGGUCAUGCAAUGGUCCGGUUUAUGCUUUUCACAUAUCAUGCCAGCUGCUAUGUGGGGCCUGGAUUAUGGGGGACAAUAGUAGAAACUGGGAGAUGAACGAGGUAUUCAGACAAGGGAUCGAGAGUGGCUUGGACCAGUGUGACAGCCAUAUGGAUGAAGAACAGGGGUAGAUUCAAGGCAUGGUUGGAGAGAGAGCCUGUUGGACUUGCCAAGGGUUGGCCUUGGGGGCUGAGGGCUCACAGAGAGGCCUGUGGCUGCUGCUCCAUUGAAUGGACUCUAGGACACCCACAUUCUCCAGGGGAGAGCUUCCUAGCUAUAUGCCAUGUGGUGGUGGCAUGGGAGGUCUGAGCUGGUGUGAAUGGAAGGAAAAGGAGACCCUUUCCUAGAGGUAAGCUUUUGGGAACACUUUCCCCAAAAGCAAAUGCCUUGUGAUGUUGUAGUAUCCUCCUCCUAGAGGAGACCUUUCUUUGGGAGAGGCUGGAGGGGCCUCAGCUCGCUGGACCAAUGGAGAGGGGUUGGAGAGAAAACCAGAGGCCAAGACCAGGUCUCAGCACCCCUACCUGUGCCUGUGGCCCUAGAUUUCAGCAUCAGUGAAGGAGCCCACCCUCGGCCCCACCUUGCUGGGUUGAAGGGAGGGAAUUCAUGAGGCAAAGGGUCGUUGUCCCACAGCGGGGCCCAGGGCUCUUUUGGGAAUUCAUUAGCCACUUGUGACAGUGGGGGCUACCGGAGGCAGGGGGGCCUUGAUUCAAAGGAAAGAAGUGUCCCUCACAAAACUGGCUCUCUGACAAAGCCUAGUGAUUAACCCACACAAAAUUGUCUCCGUUAUUAACAGUCUCCUCUGGGGCAGCCCUUGCCCAGGAGAAUGAUCCUGGGUUCUCAGGGUGUUUUGUGAAGGGCAAUUUGGAAGAGGAACUGGAGCAGGCAUUGCAAGAAGGUUGUAGAUGGAAGAGAAGAGGCGAAAAUACUCCAUCAGCAGCGACAACUCUGACACCACUGACAGUCACGCUACAUCUGCAUCAAGAUGCUCCAAAUUGCCUGGCAGCACCAAGUCAGGCUGGCCCCGGCAGAACGAAAAGAAACCCUCAGAGGUCUUCCGGACAGACCUGAUCACAGCCAUGAAGAUCCCAGACUCCUACCAGCUCAGUCCAGAUGACUACUACAUCCUGGCGGACCCUUGGCGGCAGGAGUGGGAGAAAGGUGUGCAGGUGCCCGCCGGGGCAGAGGCCAUUCCAGAGCCUGUGGUGAGGAUCCUCCCACCACUGGAAGGCCCCCCUACCCAGGUGUCCCCAAGCAGCUCUGAACUUGGCGAGGGCUCCCAGCCUGAUUGGCCCGGGGGCAGCCGCUAUGACCUGGAUGAGAUUGACGCCUACUGGCUGGAGCUCAUCAACCUGGAGCUCAAGGAGAUGGAGAGGCCAGAGCUGGACGAGCUGACGUUAGAGCGUGUGCUGGAGGAGCUGGAGACACUGUGCCACCAGAAUAUGGCGCGGGCCAUUGAGACGCAGGAGGGGCUGGGCAUCGAGUACGAUGAGGAUGUGGUCUGUGACGUGUGCCGCUCUCCUGAGGGCGAGGAUGGCAACGAGAUGGUCUUCUGUGACAAGUGCAAUGUCUGUGUGCACCAGGCAUGCUAUGGGAUCCUCAAGGUGCCCACAGGCAGCUGGCUGUGCCGGACCUGCGCCCUGGGUGUCCAGCCAAAGUGCUUGCUCUGCCCCAAGCGAGGAGGAGCCCUGAAGCCCACCAGAAGUGGGACCAAGUGGGUGCAUGUCAGCUGUGCCCUGUGGAUUCCUGAGGUCAGCAUCGGCUGCCCUGAGAAGAUGGAGCCCAUCACCAAGAUCUCACAUAUCCCAGCCAGCCGCUGGGCUUUGUCCUGCAGCCUGUGCAAGGAGUGCACAGGCACCUGCAUCCAGUGCUCCAUGCCCUCCUGUGUCACCGCGUUCCAUGUCACGUGCGCCUUUGACCAUGGCCUGGAAAUGCGGACUAUAUUAGCCGACAAUGACGAGGUCAAGUUCAAGUCCUUCUGCCAGGAGCACAGUGAUGGGGGCCUGCGGGGGGAGCCCAUAUCCGAGCCUGUGGAGCCCAGCUCGGCUGGCGAGGACCUGGAGAAGGUGACCCUUCGCAAACAGCGGCUCCAACAGCUGGAAGAAGACUUCUACGAGCUGGUGGAGCCGGCCGAGGUGGCCGAGCGGCUGGACUUGGCAGAGACGCUGGUUGACUUCAUCUACCAGUACUGGAAGCUGAAGAGGAAAGCCAAUGCCAACCAGCCUCUGCUGACCCCCAAGACUGAUGAGGUGGACAACCUGGCCCAGCAGGAGCAGGAUGUGCUCUACCGCCGCCUCAAGCUCUUCACCCACCUGCGGCAGGACUUGGAGAGGGUUAGAAAUCUGUGCUAUAUGGUGACAAGGCGCGAGAGAACGAAACACGCCAUCUGCAAACUCCAGGAGCAGAUAUUCCACCUGCAGAUGAAACUUAUUGAACAGGAUCUGUGUCGAGAGCGGUCUGGGAGGAGAGCAAAGGGCAAGAAGAGUGACUCGAAAAGGAAAGGCCGUGAGGGACCGAAGGGCAGCCCCGAGAAGAAAGAGAAAGUGAAGGCGGGGCACGAGUCAGUCCUGGGGCAGCUGGGCCUGUCCACCCCAUUCCCCAUCGAUGGCACCUUCUUCAACAGCUGGCUGGCACAGUCGGUGCAGAUCACGGCAGAGAACAUGGCCAUGAGCGAGUGGUCACUGAACAAUGGACACCGUGAAGACCCUGCCCCAGGGCUGCUGUCUGAGGAGCUGUUGCAGGAUGAGGAGACGCUGCUCAGCUUCAUGCGGGACCCCUCACUGCGACCUGGCGACCCUACCCGGAGGGCCCGUGGCCGCACCCGCCUGCCUGCCAAAAAGAAGCCGCUGUCACCACAGGAUGGGCCCGGUUCACGGACGACCCCAGACAAGGCCCCCAAGAAGCCCUGGGGCCAGGAUUUGGGCAGUGGCAAGGGGGGUCAGGGGGCACCUGCCAGGAAGCCACCACGGCGGACACCCUCCCACCUGCCGUCCAGCCCUACAGUCGGGGACUGUCCGGUCUCAGCAGCCCCUGAGAGCCCCCCACCGCUGGCCCCCGAGACCCUGGACGGGACAGCCCCAGUGGCUGCCGACUCGGAUGACCAAGUGCCUGGCCCUACGGCUAGCCCCAAGCUCUUGGGUCGGCUCCGGCCACCUCGCGAGAGCAAGGGAACCCAGAGGUCACCGAGUGCCAGGCCAUACGCCGUGACAGGACUGCCUUCUGCUGUGGCCGAGAGGCCAAAUGUCAGCUUGCACUUUGACACUGAGACUGACGGCUACUUCUCUGAUGGGGAGAUAAGCGACUCAGACGUAGAGGCCGAGGACAGCGGGGUCCAGCAGGGUCCCCGGGAAGCAGGGGCUGAGGAGGUGGUCCGCAUGGGGGUCUUGGCCUCCUAACUCACCCCUACGCCCAUCCCGGGCCCUGCCCUGUUCCCCCCACAAGACCUCAGCCCAGUCACAACUGCCAUUUCCGAUCUCUGCUGAGUGUCCCAGACCCAUGAGGCUGCCACUCUUUUUGGUUUUAUUUUUAAUGUAUAGAGAGUUUCAAAUUCCACACUGUUGUCUUUCCUCUGUGCUGGCCUAGGACACUAGGAUUUCUUCCCCGGCUCUGGCCACAAGGACCAUGCCAGAUUCUGCACCCCAUGCUCGAUGUGGUGGUUGCUCUGCCUGGUACCCCAUGCCACCAAGGGGCUCCUGGCCGGGGGUAGGCACUGUGAGGAGCAGCCCAGGACUCCCGUCCGCUGCCGCUGGGACGCAGACUAUCGUUUGGGCAUUAUUUCAUGGCAGAUGGGCCGGCCCUGGGCCUGUCCUGCCCAGUCCCCCCAUCCCACCGGGUCCAUUUGGGGGUCCUGCUGCACUCUGCUGAUCCCCAAGGAAGUAUAAUAAGUGAUACCCAGCCAGAGUCAACUCACUGUCACAAGCACAACGAGCUUAAAUGAGAAAGCACUGAGGGGGCACAGAGGGCCUGCUGGUUCCAGGGAAACCAAGAGCUGUUCCCCAUUAGCCCACAACCUGAGGCCUGUCCACCCACCCCGCGACCUCCCCUGCCAGUGCCCAGCCCAGUGGCUCUGGGAAGGGGUUCCCAGAAUCCUCCCUGGGCUGCGCGGUUUACUCAGGGGACUCCCCACAGCCAGCCACCAGGGCAGGGCAGGGGCUUGGACCAGCCCACCGCAGAGAAUCACUCUGGGGCUCCAACUUCCUUCCUUCCUUGGGGGCCAGUCUUGGCCGAAGUUGGGUCACUCCUAGGCAGAGCUGACCAGACCAGACCGUUUGCCUUUUCAAGUUUCCUAGUCCUGCUAAGAGAUGAGCUUCUUCCGCGGUUUCCUUUUGGAAACUCCUUCCAACAAGCAGUGGGAUCCCGGGGCCCAGGGCGGGCCAGCAUUGGCCUGCUGGGGCUGUUUUAAGUCUUGCUUGGGCGUUCCUGUGUUUUCUGUUCCUCAGAGCCCCGACACCCUUCCCCACCAUGCCCUCGCCUUCCUCUGCUCCUCCCCACCACCCCUGCCUCCCCCUCCUCAGUCCCAGGUCGUUGCUCUGAAGAGUUUCAGUGGAGUGGCCCCAGGGUGAUAGCUCAGGGAACAAACAAAAAAGGAAUUUCAGUGAAAACAUUUUUUUUUCUUUUAUGAAUUACUCCUGGGUCACUUCUGCCACUGGUAAAGCCAGAAUUUCUCCAACAAGAACCUUGCAAAAGUCCAGUGAAUCAGUCGAAUCAUUUUGUGGAUGCCAAAGAAUAUUUUGACCACAAUACAGCACAGCCUGGACCUGACAACUUGUCUUUUGGACUUUGUAUUUUUUCUUAAUGGAGUUCUUUAGCAACAAAGUAGAGAAACUUGUUCACCGCAUACACCCAAGGAAACAGCCCACGCUCUUCCAAGAGGAUGGCUUUCUGUUGCUGAACUGUACACUAGAGUUGGCUUUCAGAUCUUGGGCCCACUGUGAACUUUCCUAAACUCAGACUGACGGGGGGGAAAUGCUGACAGUGAAACCAGCGUGGAAAAAGUGUAACAUGUGGCUCCCCCCACCAAAUACAAAAAAGCGCAAAUAAAUGGGAUGGGGGACGGCUUGACCACCCACCCCUUACUCCUAAAUGAUCAAGGUACGACAGUGGCAUUGUUACUGACACUCCAUUUCACGUGAAUUUUAGUAAAAUAGGAAACAAAGAUGAUAAGUUCAGAGGCUCUAGUAAAUUUGUUGAGUGGACUCGGAGUGGGCUUCAGGGGUUCUGGGGCUGGGGACGGCGGGAGUUUCCAUGUAGGGUUUCGCCUGCCUGCCUGCCUGCCUUGGUGGUAGUGGCCAGUGCAGCUCGGCAUCAGCAUCCCAGCCCCAGUCUUGGUUUACUGCCUUUGAACAAGCUGCCUUCCUCCCAGCUGCUUCUGGCCACCUUGGGUCAUGCUGUGUCGCUCCUGGAUUGCCCAGUCUGACCCCGCAGGAAGCAAAGGGACGAUGAGCUUAAAGAACAACCAAACUCUUCCAGGGGCUGGGGACGCUGCUCCCGUACUCCUUUCCUCCAUCCUGGGCCAGGGUCUGAACUUACUGGGGUGAGGGGCAGGUGGAGACACAGGGAGAGAAGGCCGAGGGCCUGGGCUGGGUAGGCUAGACGGCAUCCUGCUCACAGCCUCUGCACAGGCGGCCUCUGGAUUCCGGCCUUUCUUUUUGAUUGGCUGAGACAGGAACAUCCCUGGGGCCUUCCUGCUCCCACCCUGUGUCUUGCACAGAGCCCAGAGGUCUAUCAGCUGCCAGGUAGACACCUUUAGAGCUGUCCUCCCAGCUGCUGCCCACCUCUGGGAUGCCCACUAGGCUGCAGGGAGGACGGACAAGGAUGUCAGUACCUGUCCCCUUUUGCCAAGGUGGGAAGCAGGGGAGAAGGCAGAAGGCCUUGACCACAUCUGCCCACACUCACUGUCGUCCUCAGGGAGAAGCUGCUCUGUAACUCAUUCUGGCUACCAUCCAUCCCGUUGAAACCCCCUCCUGGCCUCCCAUUACCUCCUUCCUCUUCCUUAUGAUCAUGAUCAUGGUGAGAAAAGACAAUGUGCAAGGAAAGUAUUUUUAUGUAUCGUAAAGGUAUUUUGAGACAAGAAAGGUAGAAGGGUUUAUUUUAUUAAAUGAGCUCUGACUUUGUGACAGUGUGCGAGCAUUUACAAUGUAAGGGCCUCAGUUUCCUUGGAGAAGCCACCCCAGUUUCCAGACGUGGGCAUUCAGUUGGGGUGUGUGUCGUGUGCGAGCACACUGUGGGAGUUGCUGGGGUGAUUCCUAGAGAAUCGGCUGCCCGAUUCUGACAGACAGUGGCAACAGCUGGACUGGGCAUUUCCCUGCUCACUGCCAAAAGUGGCCAACCUCUGCCUAUGCCUGAGCACAGCUCUACAGAUUGAUCUGGAUCCCUCCAGCGAGGUCAUUGGGGAAGCCACUCUGCCACGCCCCUGGCCCAGUCGACUGCAUUGGAUAAAGAGCCUGGGCUGGAGUCUGGGACCUUUGGUUGUUCUUUAAGGCACUUCCUGCCACCUUCUCCCUCAGAUGCCCACAAUGCUUUGUGCUCCACGUCGGUUACGGGGGGAUGAUAUGAAUGUCACAGAAGGAGAUGCCUUCUGUCUUUGUUUCAAAGAACGUGAUGUGCCAUUUGUUAAUAUACAAGAGAAAUAUUGAAAAUAUAUUGAAAAGAGCAAUUUUAAAUUAUUUUUGGCUUAUGUUGCAAUAUUUAUUUUCUUGUAUUAGAAAAGAUUCCUUUGUAGAGAAAAAAUGUAUUUUUCAUUAACGCAAAGACCUAUUUCUCCUUUUUGUACAUUGUCCAUGUUGGCAACCCUUAACGAGCAAUAGAAUGUAUGGCCGCCUCGGCGUGGCCAGUGCCCGCUGUGCCCUGCAUGAUUCUGUGUUGCCGCUGCUGCAUAGCUCCCAGCCCCAUCCUGUCCUGCUUACUCAUGGGGGUUCUAGACCCCGGCCCCCACCAGGGCCUGUGUCCUAAGGAGCCCUUUGCACUCCUCGUGUGUUGGCAAACGCAGUUAAUAAAGCAAUGUUCUCUGUGC